ACUCCUCCUAAUGCGCGAUUAUAUUGUAUAUCCCCGAUCGAAGUUAUUAUUAUUAAAAAGUCGAUCAAUAAGAAUUCAAGGAAGAAUUUUAUCCGCUUAUUGCAAUCUACAGCCACAUCCCCUAUCCUUUUAGUAAAAAAGCCCAGCGGCGGCGUUUGUAUUUAUAUGGAUUACUAUAAUAUUAAUAACGUAAUAUUAAAAUCGUAUUACCCGCUACUAUUAAUUAAAGAGACUCUUAAUACUAUUUAUUAUAUAAAGAUUUUUACUAAAUUUAAUAUAAUUACUAUAUUUAAUAAGAUCCAUAUAAAAGAAAGAUAUAAAUAG